AUGCUCUUCCUAGGAAGAUGCAAUCAACUUCUUCAACAGCUAACAGUAGCAGCCACCAUUGGUUUCCGGUUCUAUUCUUCAGAUUUGGAGUUUGAAAUCAAGAAAAUUACUAAAAUCAUCAACGACCAUCCUUUUCCAGAUCAACCCAUUCAUCCAAAGCUUUCCCAAAUUAUCCCUUCAACCACCAUUUCAACUUCCUUUGUGGAAAAUGUUCUUGGCCAUCUCUUUGCAUCCCACUCUAAUGGCCUUAAAGCCUUUGAAUUCUUCAAAUUCUCCCUCCAGUUUUCCCAAUUUUGUCCCACUUCAGAUGCAUUUGAAAAAACACUUCAUAUAUUAACUCGAAUGAGAAAUUUCAACAAGGCGUGGGAGUUGAUAGAAGAAAUUCACAAAACGCACCCUUCCUUGCUUACCCUCAAAUCCAUGAGCAUCAUGUUAUCAAUAAUUGCAAAGUUUCAAUCUUUUGAAGAAACCCUUGAAGCAUUUCAGAAAAUGGAGGAUAAAUUUUCUGAUCACAAGCAAUUUGGUACAGAAGAAUUCAAUCUUCUCCUUCGAGCAUUCUGCACACAGAGGCAAAUGAAGGAAGCGAAGUCAGUAUUCAACAAGCUAUAUUCCCGAUUCUCCCCCACCACCAAAACAAUGAAUAUUUUGCUUCUUGGAUUUAAAGAAUCUGGUGAUGUCACUUCUGUAGAGCUUUUCUACCAUGAGAUGAUUCAAAGAGGUUUCAAGCCCAACAUUGUAACUUACAACAUCAUAAUUGAUUCUUACUGCAAAAGAGGUCGUUUUCUAGAUGGGUUAAAACUUCUUGAAGAAAUUGAACAAGCAAACUACUUGCCUACGCUAAAGACACUAACCACUUUGAUCCAUGGAGCAGGAAUUGCUCACAACACAACCUAUGCACAACAACUGUUAGAUGAAAUGUCUAAGAGAAACUUUGAUAAGCCCAACUAA